UAUCCCUUCUUCCUUUUUCGUCUUUAUCUGCGACGAUCUUAUCGAGUACCGUUGUGAACUUUGAGAAAGUCGUUUGUCUCGAUCGUUUAUCUGCGUUUCUUUUAUCAAGAGGAGUGAUCUCGAUUGCGAAUCGGUAGCUGUUAAUCAUCUCGAUAUCAGAUUCAUCAUGCAAAUCUUUGUGAAAACUCUCACUGGGAAAACCAUUACCCUUGAGGUAGAAGCUUCUGACACUAUAGAAAAUGUCAAAGCCAAGAUUCAAGAUAAAGAAGGCAUUCCUCCUGAUCAACAGCGCUUGAUCUUUGCUGGAAAACAACUAGAAGAUGGUAGAACUCUUUCCGACUACAAUAUUCAGAAAGAAUCCACGCUCCAUCUGGUUCUACGUCUUCGUGGAGGAAUGCAGAUAUUUGUAAAGACUCUUACAGGCAAAACCAUCACUCUUGAAGUCGAAGCUUCAGAUACCAUAGAAAAUGUAAAGGCCAAAAUCCAGGACAAAGAAGGAAUUCCACCGGAUCAACAGCGUCUGAUUUUUGCUGGCAAGCAACUUGAAGAUGGCAGAACUCUUUCUGAUUAUAAUAUUCAAAAAGAAUCUACACUUCAUUUGGUUCUGCGUCUUCGAGGAGGAAUGCAAAUCUUUGUAAAGACACUCACAGGCAAAACUAUCACACUCGAAGUCGAAGCUUCUGACACAAUAGAAAACGUAAAAGCUAAAAUUCAGGACAAAGAGGGAAUUCCUCCAGAUCAGCAGCGUUUAAUUUUUGCUGGCAAACAACUUGAAGAUGGCAGAACUCUUUCUGAUUAUAACAUCCAGAAAGAAUCAACGCUUCAUUUAGUUCUGCGUCUUCGAGGAGGAAUGCAGAUUUUUGUGAAGACACUCACAGGCAAAACUAUCACUCUUGAAGUUGAAGCUUCUGACACAAUAGAAAACGUAAAAGCGAAAAUCCAGGAUAAAGAGGGUAUUCCUCCCGAUCAACAGCGUUUAAUUUUUGCUGGAAAACAAUUGGAAGAUGGACGAACACUUUCGGAUUACAACAUUCAAAAAGAAUCCACUCUUCAUCUGGUCUUGCGUCUUCGAGGUGGAAUGCAAAUCUUUGUAAAGACGCUUACUGGGAAAACCAUCACCCUGGAAGUAGAAGCUUCAGACACUAUAGAGAAUGUCAAAGCUAAGAUUCAAGACAAAGAAGGCAUUCCUCCUGAUCAACAGCGUCUAAUCUUUGCCGGAAAACAACUGGAAGAUGGCAGAACACUUUCCGACUACAAUAUCCAGAAGGAAUCUACGCUUCAUCUGGUCCUGCGUCUUCGUGGAGGAAUGCAGAUUUUUGUGAAAACUCUUACAGGAAAAACCAUUACUCUUGAAGUCGAAGCUUCAGACACCAUAGAGAACGUAAAAGCAAAAAUUCAGGAUAAAGAAGGAAUUCCUCCCGAUCAGCAACGUCUCAUUUUUGCUGGUAAGCAGCUGGAAGAUGGCAGAACUCUUUCCGACUAUAAUAUUCAAAAGGAAUCUACACUUCACUUAGUCUUGCGACUUCGUGGAGGCACACGCCUUUGAAGCUGCAAAUAAAGAGAAAUACCACUAGUCGCAAAUUGCGUAGUAGUAGUAUCAGUAGUGCGUCAAUCUUUUUUUAUUUACGCUUCAAGUCUAUACUCGCGUGCGUGCGAUUUUUAUAUUAUUUUUCAAAAAUUAUUAUUUGAGUCAAAAUGCGCGACAAGAAUAAAUUGUAAUCUAUCUAAAUAGAUACAUUCUCAUACAAUUUAAGCAUUAAAUUACGUUCAGAAUUGA